AUGGCUCCGCGGCUGUGCAGCAUCUCUGCGGUGUCGCGGCAGCUGCUGGGGGGCCCGGGACCUCGCGCCGGGGACGUUGCGGCUGCGGCUGCCGCGCGUUUCUAUUCCAAGGAUAAUGAAGGCAGCUGGUUCCGCUCUCUCUUUGUCCACAAGGUGGAUCCCCGGAAGGAUGCCCAUUCCACCUUGCUAUCCAAAAAAGAGACCAGCAACCUCUACAAGAUCCAGUUUCACAAUGUGAAACCUGAGUUUCUGGAUGCCUACAACAGCCUGACGGAGGCUGUGCUACCCAAGCUGCACCUGGAUGAGGACUACCCCUGCUCGCUUGUAGGCAACUGGAACACAUGGUAUGGGGAGCAGGACCAGGCAGUGCACCUGUGGCGAUUCUCGGGUGGUUACCCAGCCCUCAUGGACUGCAUGAACAAGCUCAAAAACAACAAGGAGUAUCUGGAGUUCCGAAAGGAGCGGAGCCAGAUGCUGCUGUCGAGGAGAAACCAGUUGCUCCUUGAGUUCAGCUUCUGGAACGAGCCACAGCCCAGAGUGGGCCCCAACAUCUAUGAGCUGAGGACGUACAAGCUAAAGCCAGGAACCAUGAUCGAGUGGGGGAACAACUGGGCUCGGGCCAUCAAGUACCGGCAGGAGAACCAGGAGGCAGUGGGUGGCUUCUUCUCACAGAUAGGGGAGCUCUACGUUGUGCACCAUCUCUGGGCCUACAAAGACUUGCAAUCUCGGGAGGAAACUCGAAACGCUGCCUGGAGGAAGAGGGGCUGGGACGAAAAUGUUUACUACACAGUCCCCCUGGUGCGACACAUGGAGUCUCGGAUUAUGAUCCCGUUGAAGAUCUCGCCUCUCCAGUGAUGCUGCCAAUACCUCCACCUCCUUCCCCUUCUCCCUCAGGGCAGCCCCAGAAGAGCUCCCAGUCUU